CCAGAUCAUAUCAGUUCUUCAGUCGUGUUUCAGAGUGUUUUCAGACAUUUUAAACCUCACUCUUGUGAACUGAUGAAGAAAAUGCUUCUCAAAUCAGUAUUGUUCUGGUUGUGUUUGGUGCGUCUGGUUGGAGUGUUUUGUAGUUCUGUCAGCGAGGUGAAAUUGCUGGUGAUAGUUGGAGAGUCUGUCACUCUUAACACUGGCUUUACUGAAAUAAAGUGGUUUGACAGGAUUCAGUGGUGGUUUGAGAAUAAUAUGAUUGCUGUUAUCAAUGUAACGACCGGCAGCAUGACUGUAUAUGAUAAUGUUCUUGACGGGAGAUUCAGAGACAGACUGAAGCUGGACAGUCGAACUGGAUCUCUGACCAUCACAAACAUCACAAAGAAACAUGCUGGAGAUUAUACAGUGACAACCAGCGAACCAGUGAUGAUAAUAAUCAGGCUCACUGUCACUGAGUGUGUUUGUGAUGCAGAAGAAAUAUCAGUAACAGAGGGAGAUUCUGUUACUCUAAACACUGGUCUUACUGAAAUAAGUGGAAAUGACUCACUGUCUUGGGAUUAUGAAAUUGACAUUGCUGCAACACCUAUAUUUGAAAGACGUUUAGAACAAAUUAUAAUCAGCUAUACUUAUGGGUUUGAGUUAUUUGACGACGGAAUGAAACUGGACAAUCAAACUGGAUCUCUGACCAUCAUAAACAUUACAACUAAACGUGCUGGUAUUUAUACACUCAAUUACCAGAUAAGUGGAGGAAAUUGGUCAACAAAAGCAUUCAGAGUUUCUGUCUAUGCUCGUCUGCCGGUUCCUGUCAUCAGCACUAACUCUACAAACUGUUCUUCAUCAUCAUCAUCAUCAUCAUCGUGUUCAUUGGUGUGUUCAGUGGUGAAUGUGAGUCAUGUGACUCUCUCCUGGUACAAAGGAAACAGUUUAUUGUCCAGCAUCAGUGUGUCUGAUCUCAGCAUCAGUCUCUCUCUACCUCUGGAGGUGGAAUAUCAGGAUAAAAACAGCUACAGCUGUGUGAUCAACAAUCCCAGCAGCAAGCAGACCACACAUCUGGACAUCAGCAAGCUCUGUCACUCAUGUUCAGGCUCUGUCCACUGCUGUGGUUCUACUGAAGCUGUGAUCCGAUUGGUCCUCUCUGCUCUGGUGGGCGUGGCUACUGUUGUUAUACUGGUUUAUGACAUCAGAUCCAGAAGAGCUGAACAGGAUCAAGCACAGAUUUACUCAUCAGGUGGCUCAUUUCCACCCUAGAAGAUGAUUUGAGAACAAACCGUAAUAUAUUCUCACAAUAAUGCUCAAAAUGCAAGUUUUUAUGAUGAAAAAUACUCAAUUGCUUUGCUCACGCUAGAUUAUGUAAUAUAAAAUGUUUUUUUUAUAUUUUUCUAUUGAUAUUUUAAUCUUUUGAUCCAGUUUGAAAGUCUUUUUCUGCAGAUAAGAUCUC